AGAAAGAGAGUGAUCGAGAGAGAAAGAGAGCGAUCGAGAGAGAAAAAGGAGAGCGAUCGAGAGAGAAUGAGAGCGAUCGAGAGAGAAAGAGAGCGAUCG